AUGGCCGGCUUGUCAACCACUGCACAAAUCAUAAAGUUCGUCGUUGUCGCUUCCAAUAUCGUCGCGUUUGUCUUUGGUUUGGCUCUCGUUAUCCUGGGAAUUCUUGACCUGGUCCAAUUUGACGGCCCACUCGGAGCCGAACUUCCGAUAAUUUCGACCGCUGUUGCGACUGCCGCCAUUGGACCUGGUCUUUUCAUAAUUGCUGUUGCGUUCUUUGGUCUAUAUGGAGCACUUCGGGCUAAUGCAAAUGUUCUCAUUGCGUAUGCGGUUAUUGUCCUGCUGAUCGGUUGCUCUACACUUUGCUUUUUGAUAUAUGCCUUUGUCCAACGUAAUACGGACUGCGAAGAUGCUAUCGUGCAUGCGAUUGAGGCCGAAUUGGGCACAAUUGGAGGAUGUCUAAUAGGCAUCACAAUCCUCCGUUUCUUUGCCUCCACUAUGGGUUUUGUGCUUGCUCUUAACAUUAAAGCCUACGAAAAUGUGUAA